AAAGCGCGGAAAAAAUUCAAAGUGGUGUGCUGAGUUAUCAAAACAAAUCCUCCCAGGAAGUUUCAGGGAGAAUGUCAUCUUCCUCGACGUUCGAGUACACGUACAAGGAUUACGAUGGGACAGAGAAAACCAUCAAGCACCAGCUGGACAUUCCGUACAAGGAAGACUGUGGGGAAUUGGCGCAUAGAAUUGUGUCAGAAAUGGAUCCAGUGAUGAAGUACUUGGAUGCAGAUAUUGAGCUCAAGAAAGCCCUCAAGACCUUUGUGGAGCGUGAAAAUCAGAAUUUCUACGACCGCAGGGAUGAAGAUCUGCUGAAUAAGGCGAGAAAUGGUCAAGUGGAUGUGGAGAAUCUCGUGACAGAACUGGACAAACUGUACAAGGAGGAAGUUCUGGAAUUUGCCGAACGUGUUGGUCCAACAGAUGAAGAAAUUUUUGCAUUGGCUUUUCACCAGCUAGUCCAUUCGCCCCUGCUGCCUGACAUCCUCACCAAGGAGCAGAGCUAUGCCAAAAGUAUCUCAGAACUAAAUACGCGGAUGUACGAGGAAAUUGACGAACUCAGCCGGAAGCAGGCAGCAGAGAUGGACGAAAAAGUCCAGCAACUGGACGUUUCCACAACUUCCGACGAUAUAAAUCAACUCCUUUCUCAGCAUUACUCCAACCAGAAUCUAAUCCGAAAGCGCUGGGAGUCAAAAUUGGAAGCCAAAAGGGGACACCAGAAGCAUGAGUAUCGCAAUUGGGUAACUAGUCAAGUUGGAGAGGCACUUAUCAACAAUCCCACUUCCCUACCAGUCUCCUCGACACCCAUUGGCAAUAAAUCAUCAAUGUUUGUGAGUCAGAAUCUGUCCAUGGAGGAGAGUUUCACAAUCCAUUUGGGAUCUCAGCUCAAGCACAUGCACAACAUCCGGAUUCUCAGUGCAGAUGUCACGGAUUUCUGCAGUCCUCUCCAUCGGGAUGAAAACCUCAAUGGACUGAACAUGGCCCUGGGACUUUACUCGAGCUCUCUCAGUGGAAUUGUCGUCCUCACGCCUUCAGGAUCUGUCCAGGCCCUUCCUAGUAUCAUCAAAAAUGCCAACAUGUCAACGGAAUUUCACUUCGAUCAAAUAGAGAAUCAAAUAGAGCAAAUUGAGGAGGAUUUGAGGAAAGGUCAGGAGGGGAAUGGUGCGGGAGGAUCAGAGAAAUCCAGACAGAAACUCCAUCCAGGAGAUUUUUUCAUAACACGCCAUUCAAAUUUGUCUCAGACUCAUGUUAUCUUUCAUUUGAUCUCUGAUGAAUCCUCAGACAGUCCAGGUGAGAUAACAUCGAGACAUCCAGUGAUACUGGGUCUGAGAAACAUCCUAAAAACAGCCAGUAGGCAUGAUAUCUCCAUGCUGACCAUUCCCGCGCUUUUGCGCCAUGAGAUGUCUGAAGAUAUGACUGUGCCCUGGUCCAUAAGGCGGGCGGAAUUGGUGUUCAAAUGUGCCAAGGGCUUCAUGAUUGAAUCAGCUACUUGGGGAGGAACUGAAAUUAAUACAUUGCAGCUCCUCUUGCCGCAUAACAUCUCGGAAGAAUUGUUCACAACUCUUGCCGGCAUGGUUUCGAAUGUUUUUCGAGUGGCAAAUCCGAAGAUUUUGUAAGAGCGUCGCUCAGUUUAAAUUUGAAUAGCCAACUUGUUUUUGGCGCUGAAUUUUAGAGCAGUAAAUUUUUUCAGCUCUUGAAAUUUUCAUUACGUCGGUAUCGGUAAUUAUACAAAUUGUAUUAUUUUCAUAAUUAAUUAUUUCUGUAGUCUUGGUUACAAUUAUUGUACGUGCAAUUAUUCUUGACUACACAAAAUAUAUUGAGUUUUUAUUUUAUAAAAUAAAAA